AUGAAAUAACAUCAAAAGGUCUUGGUUAAAUCUAGAGAAACAGCUUCAUUAUUGAAUUUGAUAUUUUAUGUGUAGUUAAUUAGUUUGCUCUUAAUUAAUGAGGAAGAGGCAAUUAAUGUUAAGAAUUAAAAUUAUUCCUUUAAUUUAUUGCAAACGUUCACCUAUUUGAAUUAGAUCGGAAGGCCUUACUAAAUUUUAUUAAGCUAUUAAAGUUUUAAGCCUUUUGCAUUUUUGCUUCCCACUACUUUUCUAUUUUUGAUAUCAAUCGGAUUUAUAAAGAGCUUUAUUGUUCAUUAUUUAUUUUCAAAAAGAUAGGUCUAGAAGACGGCAGCCUAGAAUCCUGAUUUCAACUCAUAAUUGUCAAUAAUAUAUUAGUUGUAUUUUUAUUUACUAGCCUUAUACACAUUUGACUUUUAUAUCAUUUCAAUUGCUGAAUCAAUAUCAAAUGCAUUGAUAACAAACAUUUAUGUGUUUGUAAUCAGCGUUAUCCUACUCUUCAAUUCAGUUGUAUUUGUAUUCAUGAAUAUAUUGUGUUCAGAAUCUAUUCAUUUUAAAAGUUCACCUUUGCAUGUUUAAUAAUUACAAAAAUACUAGUUUUUGAAUGUUAUAUUGAUCAUUUUAUCAAUGUAUUUCAAAUCUAAAAGUGAAGAAGGGAGCGUAUUCCCUGUUUACAUUUUAAAUAUCCUUAUUUUACCAUCCUAUAUAUAUUCAGAAAGUGAAAAAUAGGCCAAUAUUUAUAAUAAGCUCUCUUUAAUUAUAUUAUCUUUUGGUUUGUUUUAAAAUAUAUUUUCAUUAAUCCUAAUUGAUGUUUCAUUUGAAUAUAGAAUUGGACUGGUAUUUAUAUUAUGCCCCUUUUUUAUAAACAUUCUUAAUUACUACUAAAAAACCAGAAAUUAAUUAAACAUCAAAAAGUCAAGAAAUAUUCCAGAAAUAUAUUAAAAUCUGAUAAUAUUAUCAGAUCAAAAAUCAAAAUAUUCACUAAAACAUUAAUUUGAUUUCGUUAUUUUAAAUUAAAAGAAUGAAAUAUUGAAUGAUUAAGAUCUCUUUUAAUAAGAAUUAUCCCUUUUCAAUGAUCGGAUUGUCAAGGCAAGUAAAUCAUUAAAAACUUUUUGGUAUUAAAAAUAUAUAUAAAUAAAAUAUCACUAAUAAAACUUUACUGAUACAAUAUCUUUAAUAUACAAUUUCACUUAAAAUCAACUUUAUUCUGAAUCAAAAAAGUCAUAUUUUAAAGUAUCUCUAUCAUUAUCAUUUUUACAAAGAUUCUAAUUAGAAUUGAUUUAAAAAGAAGUUUAUUAGCUUUUAUAUUAUAAUAUAACAAAAGGAAAUGAUUCAUAAGAAAAUGAAUUAGCAAGGUAGUACAUAAUCUAUUCAUAAAUUGUUCAAGAAGACUAAUAAGAAGUAAAGAAUUUAUUUCAGAUCAAGGAAAAGAUAUAUUAGUAGAUGCUUUAAGGAAAACAUGAAAGCUAAAAUCAAUUAUUUAAUAUGGCUUAUUCUUUGACUGAAAGAGGCAUAAAGUUUCUCAAAAAAAUAAAGCUUGACUUAUACGUUCAUAAAAGUUAUCGAAUUCAGCAAUUACUCAUUAUGCUAUACGUCGAUUUUUUUAAUAAUGUCUUUUAAGCUGAAAUACUGAGGUUUAGUCAAAUAGUUAAUGAAGAUAACAAGUAAAAUAUAUAUGAGUAAUUUUCUUAUAUUGGAUUGUAAAUAUUGGAUGAUAUGGAGAAUCUUGAAAUUAUUUAAUACAGCUAAGACAUAAUCUCAAAUUUAGGAUAUUCAAAAAGCAAUAUUUAACAUGAAAAUUUUAAUUUUAAGAAUUUAAUUCCUACUGAAUUUUAUGAAAUUCAUUAAUUUUUGAUAAAAAGAUUUCUACAAACUGGUUUAUGUAAGAAAUCAACAAAACCGUAUGAAUUACUUAUCAAAGGAAAUUAGGAGACUUUCUUCUACAUUUAACUGCAAUUAAGUGUUUAGCCCUAAACUAAUAAUCAUAUUUAAAUCUUUGCAUUUAUUAAAUUUUUAGAGAGUCAACCCAUUUCGUUGUUUAUCAAUAGGGAUAAUAAAAUUAUAGGAUUUACUAACAGUUUUAUCAAUUAAUUUAAAGAACUUGGAUUUGACAAGAAAUCCCUAUUUUAAAGCGAUAUCAACAAAAUUAUAUCUAACUUCAAAAAAUUACCUUUAUAAAAACACACAAAAUUUAGAUUCAUGUAAACUUAGUAAGAUAUUAGUGCAAUAAUAAUUGAGAAAGACAAUCUAUUUGAAUUGUAAAUAUUAGAUAAUUCUGAUUUUAUAAUAGAUUCUGAUCAAGAGUAAGAUGGUGAGAAAACUGUCGUUAAGAGUUUUUCUGAUAAGCUUUUACCUAAUCAAGAAUCUUUCGUUAUAAUCCCUAAUCAUUAAUUCUUUGAAGAUAUAAAUCUUCCACUCUCAGAAGAAAGGAGAGAUAAAACUGAUUAAGAACUAUUAAAAGAGGAUUAAAAGAAAUAAUGUAUUGUAACAAUUAAAAGCAAGUUUGAAAGUGAUAAAAAUAGCGACUCUCUCAAAAAUAAAGAUUAAAAAAACUCAAAAAAUAGUCUUAAUUUAAAAUAAGAUGAAUAUAAUAAUGAUGAUCAGGCCUCUUCAAAAUUUUCUAAGGGAUUUCUUGACACUGCAAUAUUUUAUAGUAAAUAUAAUCAGUUGAAUAAAUUUUUGGAAAACAAAAAACUAUUAUUCAUCUAUGUUACUAUCUCUUUAUUGUUAUUUGUAUUAUUAAUCAACAUUACCUAUUUCAUUAUUUAACUAUGUUACAUUGUACCUAAUUUUGAUGAAGUGGAUAAGGAUGCUGAUUUACUCUCAAUUAAAUCAAACUUUUUAUCACCUGUUCAUGAUUGUAUAACAUCUUAAUCAGCCUUUGUUAAUUAUUAUAUACUCAACAUGUAUUAAGUAAUUACACUCGAAACAGCACUUAGAAAAAUGCCAUUUUCUCGAGAUGCUAUCACAAAAUCCUAUUUACUACUUAAAGCUUCUUAUAUUGAAUAACUCAAUAACAGAAAUCUAUAAGAAUUUUUCUAUGAUAAAUAUAUCGAGAUGAAAUUUCUGAAUAAUAAUACCUUAGAAGCAAAAACAAUCCCUUUAAAAACAUCGUUAUUUAAUUAUUUAGAAUCUUAGUUCUUCGUGAUAUCAGAUAAUACGAAUGUAGAUUUAAGUGCUCUAAAUUUAGUAGUUUCAAAUGAAUUUGUAUAUUUUAUGGCAAAUUUACUGACUAUAGAUAACUAUUUUGACUCUUUAAGUGAUGAAGUUUCAGUGUUUAUUAUAGAUAGAAGUUUAAACAAAGAAAGUGAAGGAACUAAAAUAUUUUUAAAAAUGACAUUCCUUUAGAUACUAUUUAUUUUAUUAGGAUUUUCCUAUGUUUUAAAGAAUUAUCAAACUCAUACCAAACAUUUUCACUUAUACACCGACAUUAAUUAAUAUGCUUUAUAAUUAGAAUUGCAAAGAUUAAAUUAGAUAGAUUAGAUUUUAAAUUAGGAAAACGCAUCAUAAUAUUAUAAUUUUGAGAUAGCAAUUUAUGAAAAAAAAAUUCAAUCAAAUUUGUCAUAUUAUAAUUAAAAAAUUAAUCAAGUGAGAUUACAGUGUUAAUAAUAUAAAGCUCCACGACUAAAGAUUUUGAUCAUAUUUUUGAUAAUGACAACUUUUAUCUUAUGCCCUUAAGUCGUAUUAUAAUAAAUGGAUAGCGAUUUCUAUGAAAAAUAUCAGGUGAGUAGUUAUUGGGUUGAAAAGAUUUCCUAAACAAGUUCAGCUUUGAUUGCCGUUUAUUCUUAUAGAGAUAUAAACUAUCAAAUAGGUAGUGGAACUCCAUAUUACUUUUUUUACACAGAUGAGUAACGAAUAUUAUAAAAUGAAAAAGUAGAGGAGGAAUUAAAAAAAAUCAAUAUGUUUAUUACAUAUUUCCCAUAUCUUGAUUAUGACACAAUGAUUAUAGAUGACUAAACUAUGGAAGUGUUAGAAUCCAUUUAAUCAAGUAACAUAUGCAACUUUAUGAGUCAUUUUAAUUCUUCUUUGGCUUAAGAACAUUGCGAUUCAGUUUAUAAUGGAGUUAUGAAAUUAGGACUCUAUAAUUCUAUAUCGACAUUAUAUGAAUUAAUUUCGCAAGAAUAUGAGAAUACUAAUGGAUUCCAAGCUAAAUUACGUCCAGUUAUAGCACCUUUCGAAGAUAUAGAAUUAGGAAUGAUAACAUCAGAUGCCAUUCUUGCUAUUCUUGAUUCCAUUCUCGAAGGUGUGACUGAAGCGAUAAUUAAAUUAAGACUAACUCAUUAAAUCAUUAGUAUUAUGUAUAUUCUUUUAGAUUUGUUGUUAAUUUUAGUGUUGUUUGCUUAAUACUUUCCUUUUUUGGUGAAACAACAAAAUACUGUAAAAUCAAUGAUAUUUUUAAUUCCAUAAUAUUAAUUUUAUUUGGAUUAGAAAUUUGAAACAAACUUUCGUUUGCUAUUAUUAUUAACAAAAUGA